AGCUGCUCGAGGUUUGUCCCAGCCAGAGACAGAGAGGGGAACGAGAGGAGAAGCACAAACUUAGGCAGGCAGAAGGAGAUUCAGAAACAGAGGGAGGGAGAGAGAGACAGGGAAGGAAGGAGAGAGACCCAAGGACUGGAGUCAAACAGAAAGAUACAGGGAAAUACAGAGAAAGAAAGUAAGAAAUACAGGAACAUAAGGAGAGGGAGAUUCAGUGACAGACAGACAAAAGUGGAGGCUAACAGGGACAGAAACGGAGGUUAGUGAAGAGUGGGUGAAUAAGUGUGAUCAAGCAAGGCUGCUCUUACUAAUGGGCUGGGGACACCCAGAUGCCUAUCUGCCUUUGUAAGAUUUGACUGAGCCUUGUGUCCCUGCCUGAAAUCCCACCAUUAGCAUUUCAUUUUCCUUCACACGGGUUUUGACUUUUAAAAGGUGGUAAGAUAACUGUGAAGCUCCUUCCCCUAGAGGUAACCUCAGAGCAGUUUAGCAGUUUCAGAUCAGCACCAACAACAUAGGACGAAGUUCUGGACCAGCCCAGAAGACAGCUGAGAUGUCAGAUCUGGAAACUGAGGUCAAGAUGAGCAGUAAGCCCACAUCUAAAAGCCAAACUGAGCCAGUCCAGAAGAGGUUCUGUUCCAAUCUAUUUGUCAGCAUCAAGUUCUUUGUACUCUGCCACAGCCUGCUGCAGCUGGCUCAACUCAUGAUCUCAGGCUACCUGAAGAGCUCCAUCUCCACCAUAGAGAAACGCUUUGGCCUGUCCAGUCAGACCUCGGGGCUUUUGGCUGCCUUCAAUGAGGUGGGAAACACAGCCCUUAUCGUAUUUGUGAGCUACUUUGGCAGCCGUGUCCACCGGCCCCGUCUGAUUGGCCUUGGAGCUAUCUUAGUCGCUGCAGCAGGGCUCCUCAUGAGCCUUCCCCACUUCAUCGCUGAGCGCUAUCGUUAUGACUAUGUUGACCUUGACCUGCUACAGGAUUCUUCUUCUUCCUUAUGCGUGCUGCCCCAGGCCCCAGCACUGGCCUUGGCCUCUGCCUCAGUCCCAGACCCACGCAAUAGCAGCUGUGGCUUGUCCUCGGAGGCCCCACAGAUGGUGGUGGUAGGGCUCAUGUUCCUGGCGCAGACCCUGCUUGGUGUGGGGGCUGUGCCCAUCCAGCCCUUUGGAAUCUCCUACAUCGAUGAUUUUGCCCACCCCAGCAACUCUCCCCUCUACUUAGGGAUCUUGUUUGCUGUGACUCUCAUUGGACCCGGGAUGGCCUACGGGCUUGGAAGCUUCAUGUUGAGGUUUUAUGUGGAUAUUGAUCGGAUGCCUGAAGGAGGCAUCUCCCUGACUCCAAAGGACCCACGCUGGGUGGGUGCCUGGUGGCUGGGCUUCCUGGUGUCUGCUGCUGCUGUGACUUUGACCGCUCUCCCUUAUUUCUUCUUUCCCCGGGAGAUGCCUAAAGAAGAACAGGAGCUUAGUUUCCGGAAACGGAUCUUGCCUUCGUUGGACAAUAAAGGUGAGAACUCUCUCAUCAAGCAGGGAGCAGGUAACUCCCCAGACAAAGAGAAGGAUGGAGAGGCCCAGAUUGCCCCAGACCUCACUGUGAUCCAGUUCAUCAAAAUCUUCCCCCAAGUGCUGUUACGGAAUCUACGCCACCCCAUCUUCCUCCUGGUGGUCCUGGCCCAGGUCAGCAUGUCCUCCAUGGUGGCUGGGAUGGCCACCUUUCUGCCUAAAUUCCUGGAGCGCCAGUUCUCUGUCACCGCCUCCUUCGCCAAUCUGCUCAUUGGCAGUGUCACCAUCCCUGCAGCCAUAGUGGGCAUUGUGGCUGGGGGGGUCCUGGUUCAGCGUCUCCACUUGGGCCCCUCACGCUGUGCCAUUGUUGGGAUGGUAGGGGCCCUUACCUGUCUGCUGUUUGGCCUGCCGCUCUUCUUCAUGGGCUGCCCCACCCACCCUAUCGCCAAUGUCUAUGGUCCCAGCACUCUCCCUGAAAAUGGGAAGUUCCUAAACUGUACCCAGCUGUGUUCCUGCUCCAAGAGUAACUUCAACCCUGUAUGUGACACCAGGAGCCACACUGAGUAUGUCACCCCCUGUCAGGCUGGCUGCACGGGACUGCAGGAUAGUCCAGGCCCCAGUCAAGACUCAGUAAUCUACACCAACUGCAGCUGCCUCCUUUCGGGAAUUAAGGAUAGUUCAGUCACCUCUGGGUCCUGUGAAUCAUCCUGCAGUCACUUAGUACUUCCCUUCAUCCUCCUCAUCAGUCUUGGAGGAGCUGUGGCCAGUGUCACUCACACACCCUCCUUCAUGCUCAUCCUGAGAGGGGUGAAGAAUGAAGAUAAGUCUUUGGCUGUUGGAAUCCAGUUCAUGUUGCUGAGAGUUUUAGCCUGGAUGCCUAGCCCUGUGCUCCAUGGCAGUGCCAUUGACACUGCCUGUGUCCUUUGGGCAGAUACAUGUGGCAUGCGGUCCCUUUGUCGAUAUUAUGACCAUGACCUCCUCAGGCAUCGGUUCAUUGGGCUUCAGUUCUUCUUCAAGCUGGGCACACUGGUCUGCUUCACCCUGGUGUUCACCAUCCUACGACAGCAGGAAAAAGAGGCUGCUCGCUCUGGGUCCCAUCAUGGUCUUCUUCCAAAGGAGGAAAAGAUGGUUCUCAGCUCAAAGAAGAGGAGUGGGGAAUCCAGAGUGUGAACCUGCUGCCCCAGGCCUGGCUGGAGUGGGCAAAGGACCCUAACAAUGACUAGGAGAAGGACUAAUAUCUUCAACAAAUAUAGCCUUCGUUGGAGUCUUCUGUCAGGGGAUGGCAUGGGGUGGGGCUGUGUCUAAGUGAGGAGAGACUGGUCACCUGGGAUCUUGUCCCUAAAGAACCUAUCAGGGACUGGACAACACUGUUAGAUGCUGUCUCAGUACUUUCGUUUUCUUGUCAUGAAAAAGCCUCACAUAGGCAGUCUUAGUAUAGGGCCAGAGAUCAUGAAAAGCCAAUUGCCAUUAUGAUCUGACCCUUCUGCUACCCAUAGAAAGAGACCAGUGGAUUCUUUCUCCAGUGUUCUUAGUUAGCUGUCCUAGAAACACAGAGACAAGGCCAACUCCCAGGGUUGCCACACAAAUUCACACAAGGGGGAAUGGAGGGACCGGAUUCCAAGCUCACCUUGAGAAUGAGAGCUUGCUCAUUCCUGGAUCUCAUCCAACCUGACACUUAGGAUAUACACAUCAAGGAUACUAUGCAAUCAUCCCCAGGAGUGAAUUGGCUGGUCUUUGACAAUCCCUAUUAUCAGGGGAUUGACUAUCUCUUGCAUACUCUGACUCCAUUUUUUAUGUCCUCCCUUUGAUCAUCAUAAGAGCAGAGAUGGAGAACAAGUAGCCCCUGAUUCCUUUGCCUAAACUCCUAUCCGCUUUGUAUAUUUGCCUGUGGCCAGUAAUAUUUCAUUAUACAGUUACAUUUAUCCAGAAGCUGCUUUCACCUGCCUUUGUUUACCCAAACUAUAUAGAUAGUCACCUCCUUAUCUCUGGCCAGGCAUUCAUCCAGGGGAAUCCUCCUUUUCCCUAACAAGACAAAUGCCUCUUCUUGCCAAAUUCCUGCCCGAGGCCAGGACUAACACAAAGCAGAGAUUUCCUCCAACCUUAGGAUAAGAAAAAGUUGCCUUUAGCUUCCACAGAAUCAUUAAGAGUCAUUUUCUUAUCCUGAGCCCUAGUUUGCUUUGUGUCAAAUAAAGGGAGGUAGCGGUAUAGCAGAUAGGUAGGAUGUUACAAUGGAAAGAACAUUGACUUUAGCAUCAGAGGAUCUGGGUUCAAAUCUCAUUGCUGAUGCUUACUGUCUUUGUAAUGAUAGGCAAGUCAUUUGACCUCCCUAGGCCUCAGUUUCCUAAUCUGUAAAAGGAAGAGAUUAUAUUCAGUGGCCUCAGGGCUCCCUUCUACCUCUGAAUCAAUGGUGGUCUCUCAGGUAGCCAUUAGCUCUUAUUUGCUACCUCUUGAAAACAUUUCAAGAAUAACCCUGGGUGGGUGGCUAGGUGGUGCAGUGGAUAAAGCACUGGCCCUGGAGUCAGGAGGACCUGAGUUCAAAUCUGGCCUCAGACACUUGACACUUACUAGCUGUGUGACCCUGGGCAAGUCACUUAACCCCCAUUGCCCCGCAAAAAAAAAGAAGAAGAACCGUGGGCUACAUGACCUCAAGGGCCUCUUCCACCUCUAAAUCUGUGAUCCCUAUGACCCUGAAUGCCCUAAAAGCUUGUUUUGUUUUCCUGGCCACAGGUAUCUAUCAUCUCCCUGAUUCCUGGUCACCUUCUCCCUUCUCCCACUGUUGUCUCAUUUCCUAGUCCUUGUACCCAGAGCCAUUACUAACGCAGGGUGCCCUGGAAUUUGCACCUCGACCAUUGACAACCAAAGGGAUAGAUAUGCCUCCUCUCCCAGGGCUGAGCUUCCCACCUAUAGCAAGCUUUGCUCCUGUGCCUCAUCCUCCAUUAGCUAACCCCUUGUCUGUACCACCUCUCCUCCAAAGGCUCAUCACUGUGUGUCUCCCUUCCCAGUAUUCAGUCUCCUUCCUAAUCCCCACAGGAGCCACGGCCAGACUCUCUGGGAGACUGGCUGUCCCCUAUUCUGUUGCAGCUGUAUCCAUGCCCAAAUUGUCUUGUACUGCUGCCCCCCCCCACCUCGGGUGAAUUUCCCUUAAGCAUGAAUAUCACUAAUUGUUGCCCUACAUGCACCCAGUUCUAUCUCUCUUCCCUUCUGUCCCAUCUUCUCACACUUUAUAUCCCAAGAACACAUUUCAUAGAGUUUGCUUACAAGGAAAAGAGAAUAUAAGUCCAGAAAUAACAUCCCAUAUAAAGAGUGUAAGAUAUUCAGAUGUAAGAAAGACAUCUAGGGGCAGCUAGGUAGUGUAGUGAAUAAAGCACCAGCCCUGGAUUCAAGAGGACAUGAGUUCAAAUCUAGCAUCAGACACUUGACACUUACUAGCUGUGUGACCCUGGGCAAGUCACUUAACCCUCAUUGCUCCACCAAAAAAAAAAAAGACAUCUAGUCCCAAACUAAAUGGCACCUUAACUGUUUAAUCUAGUCCUUAACUAAAGUAUCCCAAGCUAAACUUAAUUCAUGAUUCUCUCUGGGCUAUGAGCCCCACAACACUAACUCAUUGGUGGUCCUGGAGAAUGAUAUUAUCUUCUCUAGAACACUCACCAAUUUUUGUCAUUUGUCCGCCUGACUCUCUGUAUUGGACUCGUUGGCUUAUUCUACCAAUCCCUGGCUCACUCUUGGUCAAUCAGGAAGCCUCCUGUUUUCAUGGAGGCCAAUGUUCCCCCUCUAGCAUAAAAUAAUAAUUUAACUAAUGAACUUGCCCUCUUAAAACAUGGGCUACUCCCCUCCAAAGUUCACAAGAGACAUUCUUUGUUUAUAAGGGGUUGGACUAUAUUCAAUUUGAUUGAAGUCAACAAAUGUGUUGAGCACCUGCUUGGUACAAUAGAACAUUGAAUUCUAAGCAUUAGAAUAAUGGAUUUCAAAUCCCAUCUUGGAUACUUACCAACCUGUGCAACCCUGGGUAAAUCCCAGUACUUUAUGGAGCCUCAAUUACCUCAUCUGUAAAAUGGGGUGAUAAUCCUUGCACUACCUACCUUUUAAUACUAUAGGGGUUGGUAGAAGUGUUUUAGGAAUCCAAAUCUGCUACAGAAAGGGUAGUUGUGAUUAUUUUGUUUUGUUUUGGGUUUUGUUUGUUUGUUUUUGACAGAGCAAUGGGGGUUAAGUGACUUGCCCAGGGUCACACAGCUAGUAAGUGUCAAUUGUCUGAAGCCAAAUUUGAACUCAGGUCCUCCUGAAUCCAGGACUGCUACUUUAUCCACUGUGCCACCUAGCUGCCCCGAGUUGUGAUUACUAUAGUCAGGACCUUAUGCUCAGUGUUACGAGGUUGGGCUGUUACAGAGAGACGUAGUUCUCAGGGAGAUUGUAGCCUAAUAGGGGAAAUUAGACAAAUACACAAAUAGCCAUGCUGCAGACAGGAUGUAAUCAUAGGGAAAUAAAGGAAGGGGGAAUGGGAGAAUAGGUGUGAUCUGCAUUCUGUGACCAAGGACUCCCCUAUCUGGGGAUAGUGAAGAAUGGGAGGGUCAAUCAGUCAGCACUGGUCAAGCCCAACUAGGGAACAGACCUUGUACUACACUCUCAGGAGAAAUGGCAAGAGGAAGAGAAAGAGGAAGAGGAACCUCCCCUUCUCUUGGGGACCCCUCGCUCUGAGGGUCCAGAGACAUCUUCUGACCUGAGGAGAAGACAUAUGCCUUCACCUUUUCCUCAGGGAGCUCCCAGUGUGAGGGAUGAGAUAUGAACCCUGUCCACAGUGAGUCCUUAUUCUUAGGAAAAGAUGUGGCUUUUGCCUUCAGAAAGACCCCAGUUUGAAGGCACAAGACAUGGCUUCUGCCCUUCUUAAUGGGAGGUGGUGGGGUGGAAAGAUCUUCCUGAAAAUCUUUGAGAACACUUACUUAACCAAACAAUAUUUAGAAAUGUGUGUAGCUGGAAGGGGAGGGGGUGUUUGGGGAAGUGCCGGGAGAGGGGGCAGGAGGUAGUGGGAAGCAGGUAUAACUGUGUGCUGUGUGCGUAAUGUAUAAUUAUCUUAAAAACCCCAAAAUCUUAAAAAUCACCAAUUUCUACCCACUGUCUCAUUUCACUAUAUACUGUCUCAUUUCCACAUUGAGUCUCUUUCUAGGUUCACAAGCAGUCUGGUAUAUGGAUAUCCCAGAUUACUAAUAUUAAAGAAAUUCUUUAAUCACUCA